AUCAAUUCCUUAAUGAAAUAGUCCAUCACUGUCUUUUCAAAAGGAAAGAAGGCAACUUAUCAGGUUGCUGGAGACUUGAGAACGAAAUAAGCUGUUCUUGGACCACAUAUUUCUUGCUAAAUGGAUAGAUCUAAGCAUGGCACGUGGCACAAGACCAACCUCUUCAGACUCUUGAACAAAAACAAAACUAACUCAAAACAUUAGCUCUUCUUUGUAGUGCCAGACUACCAGUAUAGUAUGGCUUCACUCUGGUCUCCAACAACAAUUACUCUUCAACAGAACCCCAAGAUUAUUUGCUUCUCUCCUUUAAAACCCACUUCCCAAACUAAUCUCUCUUCUUUGACAAAUCGUUUCAGAAGUAAUCCUGGAAGAUGCCAUGCAUUUUUUGGCAACAUCCCAGAUGAUCUUUUGGACCAGUCAUUUUCUCAAGUUCCAAUUUUUCAAUCUGGUUUGGUGGAAUUUCAUCGAGCUACCGAAGAACUAUCAGAUGUUCAGAGAUGGGGGUUUCUUGCUUUUGCUGGGUUGACAUGGAUAUAUUUGACUGCAAGGCCUGGUGUUCUUGUAGGUGCCAUUGAUGCAUACGUUCUAGCUCCUCUGCAAUUGGUUUUUGACAGCUUGAUUGGAAGGAGGAACUUGAAAAGGACUGAUUUUGUGAUAGGGGAUAAACUAGGAGAAGGGUCUUUUGGUAUUGUGUAUUCUGGAGUGAUUGUUCCAAAGAAUGUGACUGUUGAAGAGAGUGGACAGAGAAAGGGAAGAGGCAGAUCACUAGAGUUAGAUAGCAGGUUCAAGGAAAAAGUCAUUCUUAAGAAGGUGAAAGUUGGAGUUCAGGGGGCUGAAGAAUGUGGUGAUUAUGAAGAAUGGUUUAAUUAUAGAUUAUCAAGAGCUGCUCCGGAAACAUGUGCGGAGUUCCUCGGAAGUUUUGUUGCAGACAAAACAAACUCUCAGUUUACGAAAGGUGGCAAGUGGCUUGUUUGGAAAUUUGAGGGAAAUCGAAGUCUUGCUGAUUACAUGAAAGACCGCAACUUCCCUUUUAACUUGGAGUCUUAUAUGUUCGGACGUGUGUUGGAAGGUGCAGAUUCAACGAAAAGGAGUGCAUUAAUUAUCAAGCAAAUAAUGCGCCAAAUUAUUUCUUCCCUCAAAAAAAUCCAUGACACAGGCAUUGUUCACCGGGAUGUAAAGCCAGCCAAUUUAGUAGUGACAAAGAAGGGACAGAUCAAGCUUAUAGACUUUGGAGCAGCUACUGAUCUUCGGAUUGGCAAAAAUUAUGUACCCAACCGUACUCUGCUUGAUCCUGAUUAUUGUCCUCCUGAACUAUAUGUACUACCUGAGAAAACACCUAGUCCUCCUCCUGAGCCUGUUGCUGCUUUUUUUUCUCCUAUUCUCUGGCAGCUGAAUAGUCCUGAUCUGUUUGAUAUGUACUCGGCUGGGAUUGUACUCUUGCAAAUGGCAAUACCAACCUUGAGGUCUACUGCAGGCUUAAAGAAUUUCAAGUCAGAAAUAAAGACAGAUGAAUAUGACUUGAAUAAAUGGAGAGAGUACACUCGGUUGAGGCCUGACUUCACUAUUCUUGAUCUUGACUCGGGUAGGGGUUGGGAUCUAGCCACAAAGCUUAUUUCAGAGAGAGGUUUCCUCGGAAGAGGACGUCUAUCAGCUGCUGCUGCUUUGAGGCAUCCUUAUUUCUUGUUGGGUGGUGACCAGGCUGCUGCCAUUCUUUCAAAAUUUAGCUUAUCCAAGUAGUUAACUACUUGCUGAUAGAUGGAAGGAUGAAAAAGAGUCGCCGAAGUGAGUGGCACUAUGACGUGUUUGCCAGUUGAUCAAAGUAUUUUUUUUUUCACAACAGAUGAUUAAUUAAGGUAUGUGUUAACAUAUCUCUGUUUUAGAAACUGUUGCUCACAUACUCCUUGGCCUCUUUCUGCCAAUACAAGAGGUCACAAUGUUACUUUACAUCAUUUUUGGGAAAUUGAACAUAUCAAAGUUCACUCUUUUCCCCCCUUAAGAGUCUUUCUUGCAGUUUCAGUUAAUCUUCUUCUCUAAACCUUGUUAGCUUCCAAUAUUUGUUUCCUUAAAAGCAUCAUGCCAGUUGCCAAAGACUCUUCUGCAGCAGCUAUGGUAAAAUUAAAGUUGUAUACACGGGAUGAUCAAGUGAAUCAACCAUUAGAAUGUUGAUCAUACAUAACACUGUUUUUGUGAUUUUGUAAUGAGCAUCAGGCCUCUAAUGUAUUGAAAUUCUAGUUCGACAUUAUAUCCUUUCCUCUUUUGUCCAUUUUUUAUCGUACAAGCACCAUGGUUCUGAUUCUUAAAUUUAUUAUCGAGGUUUUGUA